CCCAGAACCUUCCUUCCACCAAAGCGGCCCAUCUCCCCCAUUUCCUUUUCCUACGCCUCUCCUCCUCCUUCAUGCGCCAUUCCCACCUCCUCUUCCUCUGCAACACCCACAGGUAGGAGCACCAAACGCCAUGCCGUCGCUCUCCUGCCAUAACCUGCUCGACCUAGCCGACGAGGUCCCUCCUCUCCCGCCGCCCUCCCCGCUGCGCCUCCCGCGCGUCAUGGCCGCCGGCUCCCCCUCCUCCCCGGCCUCACCCUCCCCCACCGGCCCUCCCCGCCGCGUCAUCGUCUCCCACCGCCUCCCCCUCCGCGCCACCCCGGACCCCUCCGCCCCCUUCGGCCUCUCCUUCACCGUCGACUCCACCACCGUCGCCUACCAGCUCCGCUCCGGCCUGCCCCCCUCCACCCCAAUCCUCCACGUCGGCACCCUCCCCGAAUCCGCCGCCGCCGCCGCCUCCGACGAGCUCGCCACCUACCUCCUAACCACCUUCUCCUGCCUCCCCGUCUUCCUCCCGCCCGACCUCCACCGCAGGUUCUACCACGGCUUCUGCAAGCACUACAUGUGGCCGCUCCUCCACUACCUGCUCCCCCUCACCCCCUCCACCCUCGGCGGCCUCCCCUUCGACCGCACCCUCUACCACUCCUUCCUCUCCGCGAACCGCGCCUUCGCCGACCGCCUCACGGAGCUCCUCGCCCCCGACGACGACCUCGUCUGGAUCCACGACUACCACCUCCUCGCGCUCCCCACCUUCCUCCGCAAGCGCUUCCCGCGCGCCAGGCUCGGCUUCUUCCUCCACUCGCCCUUCCCCUCCUCCGAGAUCUUCCGCACCAUCCCCGUCCGCGACGACCUCCUCCGCGCCCUCCUCAACGCCGACCUCGUCGGCUUCCACACCUUCGACUACGCGCGCCACUUCCUCUCCGCCUGCUCCCGCCUCCUCGGCCUCGACUACCAGUCCAAGCGCGGCUACAUCGGCAUCGAGUACUACGGCCGCACCGUCACCGUCAAGAUCCUCCCCGUCGGGAUCGACAUGGGCCAGCUCCGCUCCGUCGUCUCCGCCCCGGAAACCGCCGACCUCGUGCGCCAGGUCACCGACACCUACAAAAACCAACGCCUCAUGGUCGGGGUCGACGACGUGGACCUAUUCAAGGGGAUCGGGCUCAAGUUCCUCGGGAUGGAGCAGCUGCUCGUGGAGCACCCGGAGCUCCGCGGCCGCGCCGUGCUCGUGCAGAUCGUCAACCCGGCCCGCAGCGAGGGCCGCGACGUGCAGGAGGUGCAGGAGGAGGCGGGGGCCAUCAGCGCCCGCGUCAACGCCACCUUCGGCACCCCAGGGUACACCCCGAUCGUCAUGAUCAACCGCCCCGUCUCCGUCCACGAGAAGGCCGCCUACUACGCCGCCGCCGACUGCUGCGUCGUCAGCGCCGUCCGCGACGGGCUCAACCGGAUACCAUACAUCUACACCGUGUGCCGGCAGGAGAGCGACGCCCCCAAGCGGAGCGUCAUCGUGCUCUCCGAGUUCGUCGGCUGCUCCCCGUCCCUCAGCGGCGCCAUCCGGGUCAACCCGUGGAGCGUCGAGUCCGUCGCCGAGGCCAUGAACUCCGCGCUCGUCAUGUCCGAGCCCGAGCAGCGGCUGCGGCACGAGAAGCACUACAAGUACGUCAGCACACACGACGUCGCCUAUUGGGCCAGGUCAUUCGACCAGGACCUCCAGCGCGCCUGCAAGGACCAUUUCUCGCGCCGGCAUUGGGGGAUCGGCUUCGGGAUGAGCUUCAAGGUGGUGGCGCUCGGCCCCAACUUCAGGCGCCUCUCCGUCGAGCACAUCGUGCCCUUGUUCAGGAAGACGGACAACCGGCUGAUUCUCCUGGACUACGAUGGAACAGUGAUGCCAGAGAGCUCCAUUGACAAGGCGCCCAGCGGUGAGGUCAUCUCUCUGUUGAAUCGUCUCUGCGAAGACCCCAAGAACAGGGUGUUCAUUGUCAGCGGCCGGGGGAAAGAUGAAUUGAGCAAGUGGUUUGCGCCAUGUGAGAAGCUUGGAAUCGCGGCCGAGCAUGGCUACUUCACUAGGUGGAGCAGGGACUCUCCAUGGGAGACCUGUGGAUUGGUAGCAGACUUCGAUUGGAAGAAGACCGCUGAGCCUGUGAUGAGCCUCUACACAGAGGCAACUGAUGGUUCAUAUAUCGAGCAUAAAGAAAGCGCAAUAGUUUGGCAUCACCAUGAGGCAGAUCCAGAUUUUGGCUCAUGCCAGGCUAAAGAGCUGCUUGACCAUCUGGAGAGCGUGCUCGCGAACGAGCCGGUGGUCGUGAAGAGGGGCCAGCACAUCGUGGAGGUUAAUCCUCAGGGCAUCAGCAAAGGUGUGGUCGUGGAGAGAAUCCUGUCAUCCAUGGUGCGCAGCGGGAAGCCGCCCGAUUUCGUGCUCUGCAUCGGAGACGACCGGUCCGACGAGGACAUGUUCGAGAGCAUCGUGUGUCCGGCCAACAAUGGCGUGAAGCUCCCUCCAACCAGCGAGGUUUUCGCCUGCACGGUCGGGAAGAAGCCGAGCAUGGCCAAGUACUACCUCGACGAUACGGUGGACGUGAUCAAGAUGCUGCAGGGGCUCGCCAACGCGCCAUCACAACAGCGGCCAUGGCCGGUGCAGCUCCGGGUCACCUUCGAGAGCACGGCGUGACAGAUGGAAGGAAAAAAAAUAUCACUGCACAGUAUAAACCAACCAACCAACCAACCAACCAAUGGAGGGGUGUCAAUAACCAAUAUGAAGGAAGAAGAAGAAUGAUUCAGUUCGUGUGGUUUUAGGACUAGGAUGCAGCAUUUACAGGAUAAACAGGUUUCUUUCUCUGUUCUCUUUUAUUUUUUUGGUUUUAUGUUUCCAACCUUCUUCUCUCGCGCAUAUAUGUAUGCAUGCCCGUAUGAUAAGGGUGGGAAGGUUUCAGUCACAUUGUAUAUGUAGUUGACGAUGACGAUGAAAUCAGAUGAAGAAGAAAAAUGAUUCUUUCGGCCGUGCUA